UAAAACUAGGUUAGAGUGACAAUUUGACUCAUUUAUAAUCAUCUGGCUGUAUUUAAAGACAAUGGGGCAGAUGCGGGCUCACCUUAUUGUUUUCUGGGCAAGCCAUUUGUUUCUCCUGACAGUUUGUGGAGAGGAUGAAUUAGGCACAUCAAAAGAGUGUGAAGAUGCUCCAUUUGUUCCAGGACACAAUCUUGCUGGAGAGGGAUUUGAUGUUGUGACCAUGGAGCGAAAAGGUUCUUACGUGAUCAACACAGAAAAAUGGGAUCUGGGAAAUGGCACUUGUAAAUUGCGCAAGAACCCGUACUUGAAGGGAAUAAAACAGAAGUUACCAGCUGCUGUUGUGUUCUGGAGGUCUUUACCAAAGUGUUCAAUGAAAGUCUCCAGUAAGAUCUUUGAAUCAAGUGAAUCACUGGUCAAUGAUUCAUCAUCAGCUCUCUCGGUCAGCUGGAAAGUUGGUUUAGAUGUGAAGGCUGCUGGAGCUGCAGUUGGAAGCACCCAUUCCAGGGAAGCAAAAUUUGCAAUGACAAAAUCAAAAGAAGACAAAUACAGUUUCACCAAACAUGAAGUUGGAUGUAACUUUUACAGAUAUGGUUUAUCUCAAAAUCCACCUCUUCAUCACGAGUUUCUUGAAGCAGUCAAAUCACUCCCUUCAUCUUACGAUCCAAACACUUACCGCAGCCUGAUCAACACAUAUGGCACUCACUAUGUUGCACGUGUCAUGUUAGGGGGGAAAAUGAAAGCCAUAACAGCCAUUAAAUCCUGUCAGGCAACAAUUAGUGGGCUUACAGACACUGCAGUGAAAGACUGUUUGGACGUGGAAGCCUCGGGUUCUUACUCCGGAGUAACUGUGAAGGCAGAGACACAUUUUUGUCAAGAAAAGAAAAAGAAAAUGGGCAGCAAUGAAAAGUUUAGCAGCAUGUUUACCGAACGUCAGACAGAGAUUAUUGGAGGGAACAUAAAUGGAGAAGAUCUGCUUUUUUCUGGUUCAUCACACCCAAAUUCCCUUAAAACCUGGCUUGAGUCUUUGAAGACCAUUCCCGACAUAGUGCACUACUCUCUCAAACCCCUCCACUUUUUGCUCAGUGGUAAAAACCCUGCCCGGAAAGGACUUAAGAAAGCUGUGGAAGAAUACAUAAUAGAAAAUGCCCUUAUGAAGGUUUGCUCAGAAUCUUGCCAGAUUGGCAGGAAAUGCAGUGCAAGAGACCGAUGUGCUUGUGUUUGUGAUAGUAGUGAUAUUAUAAAGUCUAACUGCUGUCCAACUGCAAAAGGACUUGCAACCCUGAAAGUCUACAGACUCUGGGCUAAAGAUCUAUAUGGAGAUGUUGGUUCUCAAACAGAUGGUGUUGUAUCAGUCAAAUUUGGCACACAGGAAAAGCGCACUCAGAUUAUUGAUGAUGAUGACAAUCCACAUUGGCCUGAAACAUUUGUGUUUGGUCCUAUUAAGAUCACCAUGGCAAAUAAACUAACAUUCGAAGUAUAUGAUGCAGACAGCUACUGGAACAGUGAUAUACUUGGUACUUGCUCUUUUGACCUUAGAAGUGGAGUUGUGACAGAAGCCUGUGUCUUUAAAUAUGGCACCUUCUUUUUUACCUAUGAAGUGAAAUGUGCUCCCAGUCUAGAGGGCCCUCAGUGUAAUGAAUACAAGGGUUCUCCAAUGGCUGCGCCUCUUGCUGACAUUUACAGCUCAAGAAAUGGUAUUCUGGUUAAAGAUCUGUGGAGGCUUGAAUUAGCUCAAAAUAACUCAAACAAGCUAAGCUUCAAGAGCACUGAUGGAAAGCAGGCGGAGCUGUGAAUUGCAUUUGCAAUUGUGAUCAGACAUGAAAGCAUAAAAAAAUAAGAUAAUGUCACAAAAUAGAGUGGUUUAGUUGCAUUUUCAUUCUUCAUUCAUUUCUGUGUUUGUGAACAUCCAAAACAUUUGCUUUCUUUACCUUUUUUGUAUGUGCUUCAUAUUUAGAUUUUAUUAAAGCAUUC